AUGAGUUUGUUUUGUAGGUAUGGCGGCUGCUCGGCUCCCAGCGUUACCUGAACGCCUAAAAUCUGUGGCACCGUACAUUAAAAUCGCCAAUGAACAUGACAAACGUGACCCCGUCGUGGCAUAUUGGUGUCGCUUGUAUGCAUUGCAGACCGGGAUGAAGGUAGACAGGUCGUCGUCAGAAAGUAGAGAUUUCUUAGUGGCAUACAUGGACUGGUUGGAGCAGGAGAAAGUGGCCAAUCGAGACAACGAGGCCAUAGCCAACGAUGUUGUUGCCCAGGCCCACAUUGAAAACUAUGCUCUCAAGCUCUUUCUCUGGGCUGAUGGGGAGGACAGAGCGGCUCGUUUCAACAAGAACGUCGUGAAAGCUUUCUACACAGCUGGGUACAUCUUCGAUGUUCUGGCCACGUUUGGAGAACUGACGGAUGAGAUUGUCAAUCACCGCAAGUAUGCCAAAUGGAAAGCUGCAUACAUUCACCGCUGCCUCAGAAAUGGAGAACAGCCAGUUCCAGGCCCAAUGAAGGGAGAUGACGAAGGCUUUGAAGAAGAUGCUGGAGCUGUAGGAGGGGCUGGGCAGAGCCCUGCCAAUGGCCCAGCGCAGGUCCCAGGUACAGAUUUUCCGGUCCUUCCACAGGGAUUCUAUGUGCCACCAGGUGAACCCCACGCACCACCCAGUACAAGCAGUGGAAGUGCGUGGAGUGGAGAUGCUCCCUCACUCACUGUUCCCAUCCCAGGAGCGCAGGCACCCCCAUCUACACCCAGCAAUGCGAGCCAACUGUCACCCUCUCUCGCAGCUGCAGACCUACCUGCUGCCUCUAAUGGGGUGGCUCUGCAACCGGAAGAUUUCCACCGAGCUCAGAAGUAUUGCAAGUAUGCGGGAAGUGCUCUUCAGUACGAAGACAUUGGUACUGCUAUUGACAACCUUCAGAAGGCAUUGAGGCUACUCACCACAGGGUCUGAAUAAUAUCCGGUUUGAUCACUGCCUCGCGCCGAUCGAGUUGCAUGUUCUCGAUUGUCAGUGCGAAUAGAUCAACAGAGUAAAUGCCAUUCAGUGUUGCCCUCCGUCAGGUUUGUGCAGUCUUAUUGUAUUUGUGAACGAGUUUCUCUGUGCUGUAACACUUCUGCCCUCAACACACAUUUUGAUUUAUUUGCCGAGGUAUGUGAUUGUAUCCCGUUAAGUUACCUCAGAUGAAUGUUUCUAGCUUCUACACAUGUGAACUGUACAGCUGCACAAAAAAGAUAUUUUUUGAAGUGUGGUCAAAUAAUUCUUAGCGUUGAUGUUACAAGAUGGAUCUGGGCUUUUAUAUUGUGAUUUUUUUAAAUUUUAACUUUUAUCCUCAAGAUAUAGCCCUGCUCUGCACUGAAAGGUGGAGUGAAAAGAAGUUUGUGCCUGUCACGUCUGUUCACACAUGUUGUUGAGCGAGUUCACCCGUGCAAUUCUGCCACACUGUAAAUUGGUGCCCUCUCGAUGCAAUAAAGGACAAGAUAAGAAUCGA